AUGGGUUAUAACCCAUUGGGCCCUGAAGACCAUUUCCCUAAAGCUCAGGACAUGGAAAUGGAUGAUGACCCGGAUCCCGCCGAACCACCAUCUGGGACACCUACUCACCCCAUCGAGAUUUCGGAUGGGUCGUCUUUUCAUGGAUCACCUUAUCGUGGUCCAGACAGCUACGAGGCAAGAUUUGCCCAAUACGACUGGGUGUUUACUCCCUCCUACCACUCAGCGCCUCAGCAGCAGCAACAGCAGGAUCCCUCAGAGGAUUCGCGUUUUGUAGCGGUCACUCCACUGCCACCGUCGCCAGUUCAGCAGCCGCCUCCGGAGCCACCGAGGCGGAGGAGAUCAAACGCACAGAUACCCGCAGAUGGGGGGCCUUCAAACCCCGUAUCUGAGGUGGACUCUGCGCCAGUCUCGCCACCACCAAUGGGUUAUGAUAACCCGAUUCCUUCAUACGCCGGUACAGCGGCGUAUAACCCAUUUGGGCAGCCAGCCCACACUAACUACAACUACGCCGAAGUUGACCCUUACCUUGUAGUGGCAAACUACAAUGGUCUUAAUCCCGAGGGGCCCUAUGGAGCUCCUUGGGGGAUUGGAUACCCAGCCUAUAGGUACCAACACCCGCCACCUCCUCAACCUCCACAUCAGCAGCCGCCACAGCCGCCAUUGAUACCGCCAGAGCAACAGCAGGAGAUUCUCCAAAGGUUGAGCCAGGUGGAACGGGAGGUCCAAGAAGAGCGUAGGAACAACCGAGGAUUUCUCAAAGGUCUGGCGAGUUUCAUCAAGGGAAAGAAGAAAAGGGAUUUUUGA